AGCCUGGAUAAUAAAAAUCUUUAGCAAUGUGAAAAGGGAGAUCAAAAUAGCAGUGACAAAAUGAGAGGAAGUCUUGUCAAUUUUCGUUGAGGUACAAAUCAUGGUCUUAUGCAGGCACAUAAAUGUGAAUGCAUGUGUGUGCUUACAUGGUUUCCAAUCCUUAACCCCUGCCAAGUAUUUAUCUUAGUAUGAAGUUGGCCAAGUUGUUACCUAGAUGGAGUGAAAAUGUCAAAGUUUUCUUUUUUCAUUUUCUUUUACUCGAGUAAUAUUAAAUCUAGAACAGAUUUGUGCUUCUGCUUUGCUUCAGUCCCUUUAUGACUUUCACUGAAUAAUUUGUAUAAGAAAAACACGGUCCUGCUGUUUUCCGUUCACCAUGGUUUCCAUUACAAAAAAAAAAAAGAGGGAAUCUUUUCAAGCACAUGAUAGAAGAGAUGUUUAGGAUCCAUAAGCUGAAGCCUCGUGCAAGAAGAAGGCUUAAUGCAGUAUAUUCACUUGGAGGCUUCUGGUAUGCGUUGUUUAUACCAUGCUGCCCUCAAAAUGUUCAAUUGUUCCAGUGGAUUGCUAGAGAUUAAUUAUUCAGGUUAUUGUUAUGAUGUUAUCCUAAUAGCACUAUGCCAGGAGAAAAUUUUUGAAGACUGGUGUAAAUCAGUUGUCUUGUUAACUGUGCAAGAUGGAUCCUCUGAGUCAGGGGACUAGCUCCACUCCAGUGGAUCCUCCUAUGAAACGCAAACGUGGCCGUCCGCGCAAGGAUGAGAGCUCAGUACCAGGCGAGAAAACACCAGUAUUGCCUGAAUCUGACAAUAUGAAGGAAAACAAAGAGACUACAGGAACAACUGGUGCUAGCAUGGUGGGUCAGGUGAUUACCGGUGUUAUUGAUGGUUUAUUUGAUGCUGGAUAUCUUGUUAAAGUUAAGGUAGGGGACUCUGACACUCCUUUGAGGGGUCUUGUAUUUCUACCCAGCCGAUUCAUUCCCAUCACUGCUGCAAAUGAUGUGGCUCCACAAGCAAAAAUGAAUAGAAGAGCAGAUAUUCCCAUCCCAGUUUCAUAUCCUCCGACUUAGCUGCCUAGUUUUGUUACUUCACCAGAGCAAAGUGAUAAGCAACUGGUUGAGUUAAAAAAGCUUGCACCCACUGCUCAAGACAAAGGGCUACAAUCUGGGUUUCAACCAACUGUCCCAACUGCAAAGGAGAGCCAGUCUGCUCCUCAGAUGCUGCCUCUGACUGAAUACUUGCAGAGUAGCACAGGACCUUCCUUUGGAGGGAAAGUUGUGCGGCAUCAAGUUUUGGGUUCAGGAUGUGACAAUCAAUCUGCCUCUGCUAUGGCACAGAUGGGGCAUAAUAAGGUUGCCGGACAGCAUGAUUUGAUGCUGGAAUAUGAAGCCUCCCUAAGAAAAGGUCCUAAUUUAAGCGUAAAGGCAAAUGAACAAUCAAAAUCUGUGUCACUACCUGCACCUCCUGCUGAUAUUUUGCCAGGCAGUGAAACUGCUAAGAUGGAGCUUGAAAUUCAACAGCAACCUUCCAGUGAUGACCUUAAGGUGAAUCAACCAGUUCAUUAUGGAGUAAAAAGCCCUAGUUCUUUCAUGGAAAAAAAGGCUUCUCCAAAAAAUGUUGCACCUCCGGAGCCUGCUAUGAAGAUUAUCAGUGGGGAUGAUAAAUCCCAUCUUAAUGGUAGUUCUAUAGGUCCUGCUGCUAACUCUACUGAGGCAAACUCACUGUCAGAACCAAUUGAAAGCUUUCCAUCACUAUUGUUUGAGAGAGAAGCUAUUCCCUCAACACCAAAGCUUGCAGCUGAAGGAUCUCCUCUUCAGAGAGUCACCAAACCCCAGUCAGAUGGUUCUUCUGGUGGUACAGAUAUUAUGAAGGCAGGGGCAGACACUUCAGCAUCAAUUAUCCUACCUGCAACUCUAUUUGGGAGAGAAGCUAUUCUUCCAGAAUCCAAGACUGCUUCCGAUGAACUUGUUCUUCAUAGAAUGACCACACCCCAGAUCUGCAGUUCUCCUAGUGUUGCCAAUAAUGUGGACAGUAAUAUCAAGGAUGUCAUUCCACCUGCCGAAUCUUAGAUUAUCUAGUGGCAUGAAAACAUCUCAGUGGUGUAGGACAUUUUCUUCUGAAACCAUAGACAGGAUAAAGCUGUGAUAGAUGGAUGCUACACAUGAUGUCAAGAGUCAAGGAAUAAAUAGGCCUGGGCGAUAAUGUUCGACAUUGCUAUUAUUUAGAGUGUUAAGCAGAUCCUUAAAUAUCAGUUCAGAGGCUGGGCAUGUAUUUUCUGCUCUUAAUGUCCUUUACCUUUUGAUUUGGGAUCGUUGUAGUAGAAAUGGAUGUAGACUUUGGUAAUAAUAUUUUCUUGCAACCUUUUGGAGUAAA